AUGUCGGACCUUGGUAGUGGUGAUGAAGGCUCAAAUUCGCAGAGUAAGUACGGCCAACAAGGCCAGGUGGAGCAGGAGCUGGCCACAAAGAUGCUCCAGAUCCAGAGCAAAAGGUUCUACCUGGACGUGAAGCAAAAUCGACGGGGGAGGUUCAUAAAAGUCGCGGAGAUCGGAGCUGAUGGCAGACGUUCCCAGAUUUUCUUGGCCUUGUCCACCGCGGCAGAGUUUCGCGACCAUCUCUCAGCCUUCAGCGAUUUCUACUCUUCGCUGGGACCGCCAAAUCCCGACAACGUGCCCGAAGACGGCAAACUAAAGAGCGAAAUGAUGAUUAAGGAGAAUCGCCGUUACUAUCUCGAUUUAAAGGAGAACUCGCGCGGGAGAUUUUUGCGCGUUUCGCAGACGAUAACACGAGGCGGGCCUCGUUCGCAGGUUGCCAUACCGGCGCAAGGUAUGAUCGAGUUCAGAGACGCCCUAACGGAUUUGCUGGACGAAUUCAGCGCGGACGAGCACGCAUACAAGCCGGAUUUACCGGAAGGAAGGCACAUGCACGUAGACAACAAGAAUUUUUACUUCGACAUUGGUCAAAACAAUCGCGGCGUGUACAUGCGCAUUUCGGAGGUGAAAACGAACUUCCGAACCGCGAUCACAGUACCUGAGAAGAGCUGGCCGCGGUUUCGCGACAUCAUGGCCGACUACUGCGACAAAAUCAAGCAGCCGCAGCAGCAGCAGCCGCCGCCGCCUUCGAUGGGCGGCGGGGGCGGCGGCGGCCCGCAGCCGACCAAUCAGCAACCGGGGCAGGACCAGAUGCAGCAUCCGUUGGUUGGUAAUACGAUGCAAGACACCGGUACGACGUUAAAAUAG